UGUUUUGAAGCAGCUGCAUGGAGCAGUAUUGACUAAUGUACUGAAUUUUGUGAGCUGUGGGGGCCAAAUUUUGAAUGUGUUUCCAAUAUCAUUCAAAUCUGCUACUAUCUGUGAUUUAGAUCAAAUAACACAGAGUGAAUGUGAUGUUUUAACAGAAGCGAUAAAGAGGUGUUUUAGAAAAUUGAACUUUGGAAGAGUCACGCACCAACUAACACAGUUCGAAUGUAUCGAUGUGUCAUGUCAGCAAUCUGAGCGAGAUCCCAAGGAAUAAGAAGUGAAGUAGCAGACAGGUCAUCAAGGAGUUUAUUUGGAAGGAAAAAAAAGGGAUCCCACUGGUGAAGUAAAUAGCCCUGACAGCUGUUGCUGGAAGAUCCACUGGAGUUUCUAGGCAUUCAGCUGGAUUUUGGAUCCUGCUUCCGCUGGAUUUCCGGAAGUGAUUGCGUGUUGUGAACGUUCGUGGAAUUUUUUCGCCUGAGCUCAGCAGGAGUCUGCUAUUCCCGUUCAAUUACCUCCUCCUGUUGCUUCGAUCGGGAGAAGCUAACCGCAGUGGAAAAAUCAAACAAUCAGUUGGCCAUCGUUAUUGAUUAGCGUUGGUGGGUUGUGUCGAGUCCGGAUAUCAAUAAUUGUUUGUGUGAUUUGGAAGUAGGCUUUGGGAAUUAUAGCCACAGAAAGCAGGAAAAUUUUUCUUAACGGCAAAGCACAGGUUCCGAUAUAGUAGCCCUUAUGAGGAAGAUGGACAAUCGACUGAACCUUACUUCUGAGGUUCGCGAAUUGAAGUUGGGUGAAACGUUCACAAAUCCUUCCCCGCGGACCGUGUUUCAUACGCUCAAGUACGACUUCAAGCCGGCUAGUGUGGACGUCAACAAACCAGCGUCACUGGAGGUGGGAUCUAAUAAGCAGAUUUCUGUCACGGUGCCACAUCUAGACGGAUCCGGAGUGCCGAACACAGUCUUCAAAGGCAACCAACGUGACUACUCUAAGAAGGAAUGUGUUCUCAUCAUUAACCGGCUUACUGGUGAGGUAACCCUGGAGAAGCUUAGCAGUAACAUACAGGUUAAAAAGACUAGAACCGAAAGCAAAGUCGUCCAACCACCGCCGAUGCCGCCCCAAAUCAAAGUCGAAAACUCUACGGCUCGACAGAGCUCGAAAACUAAAAUCACAACCGGCUCUCGCAAAAACAAUCCUAUCAGCUUUGUGCCAAAACAUUCGCCACUACAAAACUCGCCAUCCUACCCGAACAAAAGUCCUCUCUCGGCACCUGCAUGGAAUGCCAAUAACACCCAGCAGACCUUGCCAAGUAUUCCCAUAAUUGGGCUAGACGAUGGAAGCGAUUUUAUGCCCGUGUCCUCAUCGUCCUUACCACCAGCCUCAUCUCAGACACAGCAGUCGAUGCAUCACGGCGGUAGCGCUCACAAUACAAGCGGUGGAAGCAGCGGCAGCAGCAGCGGAUCGCUAAGUGGUGGUAUGAACAACAAUCUGAACAACAACAACAAUCAUCAAAACAGCAGCAGCAGCACCAGCAAUCACAACAACCACGGCACCAUUCAUGGGUUACCCUCUCUCGGCAGCAAUAACAACAGCAAUCAUCACAAUCCGUACAAUAACCAUCAUGGUGAGGCGAAUGUGGAAGUGAAUCUUCCCUCGCGAUCCCAUGCUUCCCCACCAAGAGAUACCGGAUUUUCUACCGGUUUGCUGAGCUCUUCCAGCUCGGACUCGAGCGGUUCCAGUGACAGCGACAGCGGUUCCGAAUCGGACAGCACGACCGAGGAUAAUAACGAUUCCCCCAUUAAAGAAUCAAUUUUCGACAUAGGUCCAACCCGAUCGGAUAACACCAUGAACGCUCGUUCGCUUCCAACCCAUUUGCUGACGGAGGAUCUGUGUCUUUCGGAGUCCGGAGACUCCGAUUCGGACUAAUCACCACGAGCAGCACGAAGCGAAGCGGAGCGAGUCAGUCAUACACACGGCGAGAAGUAGCAAACAAACAAACAAACAAAGACACAAAAAAUCUGCAGAGAUCAGAGCGAAGAGGGACUCUGAUACUAUUUUUGUAGGAAAAUUAUUUAUGUAUCGAGAUGAGAGUACGGUAUGGAUCCCCCUUUUCGUACCGUGUGUACCAUGAGACGCGUUGCCAAAUCUCUAGUAGGAACGGAACGGAAGCUGUUUUGGGCGUUUUUUCUUCAAUCCGUCGCAAAUUCUUCUUAAUUCCGGGGUGGAUUAGGAAGUCGUUCGUUCACAUGUUAUUUUAUUUCAGACUCUAUUUAAUGAAGAUAUUGUCGAAUUUCUUCUACUAUUUUUGCGUUGUUUACGAGUAGUUUUCGUUGUCCCAACAAUCAACACUAGGCGAGGAAAACCAUACUGAUGGCAGGAAUCCAAGCUGUUGUAAUCGGGACGCCCUGUUGAGCGAAAACACAACCAACGCACCGCAUCAAUGUAGAGAGGAAAUAAUUAGUUUACUGUUUUUAAGUUAGCCACAGGACAGCUGCGAGUUGAAUUUUGUUCUGUAAAGGUUUUUGGUGGAUUUUGUUGCGAAGCAGGAGCUAUUAGCGAAAGUGUAAAAUAAAACAAAAGCGAGCGCGUUUAUGUUGAUUAAAUUACUUACCAUAGUCAUUAAGUGCAUCUAUAAUGAAUCAAGCAAAUAAACAUGUUAUAUGAUUUAAA